CCUUUCUUAACUACAACCAUCCAUUUCUCAUCUCUUAUACUUUUUCUUUUCUCUUCUGUCUCACUCUCUUCACAUGUUUGUUCCACCCCCUCCAACCAAACAAAUUUUCAAAACAUUUUUUUUUUCAAAAAAUACAAAAAACAAUUUUUUUAAAAUAGUCCUCAAGAGUCAAGCCACAUUCUCCCCAUUCUAGUUAAUCUGAGUCCAUCCUCUUAAAAUUAUCUCAUUAACUAAAAUAAUUAAAAAAAAAAACAAAUUCAAAGGGACAAAAACAUUAUUUCUCACUAUUGUUCAUUGUUCUCCUAUUAAUUGGGUAGUAGGAGUAUAAGUACAAACUGUGUCAGAAUUAAGUCAGAAUAGAAAUCUCCUUUUGUCUUUCUGACAAUAGGACCCUUUGUGUCAGAAAAAACCUUACAAAAUCCAUUUUUCCUUCUUCAAUUCCUUCAAGAUUUAUUUUCACCCAUUUAUCCUCUCCCAAACAAGUCCUUACCAUUUUUCUGAAAAACCCUAAAAAGGAAAAACCCAUGAAUCCUCAUCAUCAUCAUGAUCAUCAACGUACAACACCCUUAAAUCUUAAGUCACUAAGAACAAGAUUUGCUAUUCGGUUUCUUAGGGCUUUAAAAAAGAUUCAAAUCCAAGAAAAAACCCUGAAUAAAAAUAGUGGUACUGAGUUGACUCAGUCAUAUCACAAAGUAAAGGUAGCAGCGGAUGUUUCCAUGGCAGCCACAGUUGGUACAAAACGGGCCUGGAGUCGGGCCAUUUUGUCACGGAUUCGGUAUCGCCGGGUUGUAGCCAGGAGAAAGAAACGGGCCAUGGGCCGAUAUAAGAGCCCGAGUCAAGCCCAAGAGCUUAGAAGAUUGGUACCUGGUGGAGAAGCAAUGGAUAUACAAUGUUUGUUAGAUGAAACUGCUCAUUAUAUUAAGUGUCUUACUACUCAGGUAAAAGUCAUGAGAAGUAUUGUUAAUUACUGCUCUAAUUAAUUAAAAUUAGUAAUCCUUAUAUAUUAGGGGUUACCAAGAAAAAUUAUAUAAAAUGAAAGAAAAAUAAGGUUUUAUUGAGUAAUUAAAUGAUUAUGAAAUUAAUACAGAAGUUAAGGAAAUUAAAUAUUGUAAGAUAUGUCUGUAGAUUCAUUAUCAUGUCAUUUGGAUUAUAAGUUUGAUAUUAUUAUAUAGUAAUUAAGUAAAAUGUACAUUAGAGGUAAGAAAAGAUUUGAAUUUUUUUAGUUUUUUAAGUUUUUGUUUUGUUACAUAUUUUGAGAAGAAUUAUAUGAAUAUUACGUGCUUAUUAUUAUUUUUUU